AUGAAUUCCAGGCGUCUGCCACUGCUCUCCCGCAAGGAGCUGGAGGUCCACUCCACCAGCACCUCCUGCUGGGUCACCUUAUACAAUAGAAACGUUUACGACGUGACAGAGUUUUUGGAUGAACAUCCUGCCGGAGGUGAUCUGAUUAUGGAUUAUGCGGGCAAAGACAUCACCCAGAUUUUGGCCGACCCGAUUAGCCACACGCAUUCAGAGAGCGCAUACGAGAUGCUCAACGACGAGAUGCUUGUCGGAUACCUUGCCACCGCUGAAGAAGAAGAGGAGCUCCUUUCCAAACACCAGAACAUGGAAGUUAUCCCCGAUACCAUUGAUCUCACCGAAUUUGGCGAACUGCCUUCCGAAGAGCUUUUAAAGGUCAGAACAGACUUGGACGAGGACUACAGAAAACACAAGUUUUUGGACCUUAAUAAGCCUUUGUUGAUGCAAGUCCUGUUUGCAGACUGGUCAAAGAGUUUCUAUUUGGAUCAGGUCCACAGACCAAGACAUUACGGUAAAGGUUCUGCUCCUUUGUUUGGAAACUUCUUGGAACCACUAUCUGUGACUCCGUGGUACGUUGUGCCGAUGAUCUGGCUUCCAGUGAACUUCUACUUCUUCUACAUCGGAUUCACCAACCAGAACAAAAUUUUGGCUCUUGCAUUGUGGUCUUUGGGCCUGUUUGUGUGGACGUUGCUUGAGUACCUGUUGCAUCGGUUCUUGUUCCACCUGGACGAGUUCCUUCCCGAACACCAGCUGGCAUUCACUGUCCAUUUCCUGCUUCACGGUGUGCACCAUUACUUGCCUAUGGACAAGAAGAGACUUGUGAUGCCUCCUACGCUGUUCAUUGUGCUGUGCUAUCCGUUCUACAAGCUGGUGUUUGCCAUCCUGCCAUACUAUGCAGCCUGUUCAGGAUUUGCCGGUGGCUUCUUGGGCUACAUCAUGUACGACUGCACACAUUACAUUUUGCACCACGCUAAACUACCUUCCUAUCUGCAAGAACUUAAGACCUACCAUUUGGAACACCAUUACAAGAACUAUGAGCUUGGAUUUGGUGUGACCAGCAAAUUCUGGGACCAGGUGUUUGGCACUUUGUUGACCCCAGAAGAUGUCUACCAAAAGAAGAACUGA